AUGGAAGAACUGGAAGAUCAAUUAUAUGAUGAUCUAUAUGUUGCAAAAUUCUUCAAAGUUAGAUUUCCUGAUUUGUGUUAUGACUUGAUAGUUGCGAUAUUCAAGUUGUUAGAUACUCUGACGAUAAUUCUUCUUCAGUCUUUGAUUAAUGAUAAAUACAUCAAGGCAAUAGGAAUUCAAUAUAAUGACAGCAGUAGAAUACAUAUUCCAUACUACAGAGACCAAAAUUAUAAGCAUGAUGAAUCUAAAUUCGAAGAAAUGAUUGAAAGUGAACAAUCAUGUAAUAUCAUGAAGGAACUAAUCGGAUAUAAUAGAUACAAUGUCUAUCCAAUUAACUUAAGUUUCAGGGAAACUACUCUAUUUCCUGUUAGAUUUAUCGAUCAAAUGUUGGGUAAAACGAAGAACUUUGACAUAUCUUUAACUUUUGAUUCGCUUGAUUAUGCACAGUGUCACAAGUUGAAACAUUUUAGAAGAUCAUCCGAAGUAACUAAAAUAAGUAUAGAAAAAGUUGGGAAACCAAAAAGGAAGAUUUUGUUUGAUUUAGAUCUUUCAAAGUAUCAAAAAUUGAAAUCAUUUCGUCUUACUAAUGGCGAUAACAUAAGCAAUAUAAAUUUGAGUUCUUCUUUUGGAACUUUACGAGAUCUAAAAAUUGCUUUUAGAUUCGAUGAAGGUUACUUGUCAAACUUCGUUAAUCUUGAAUCACUUAAUAUUACCAUCAUUGGGAUAUUCAAUCUUAUGGAUCUUCCAAGACAUAUCACUGAUUUAUAUAUAAAGUCGAUAGAUGAAACUCAUAGACUUAUUAGUCCUUCAGAUUACGACUGGCCAAAGAAAAUAGUGAACUUAACUUUAAACUUUGAUAAUGAUUUUAUUGUUGAAGGUUUCAAAGGUAGCAACUUACCACCAGGUUUGAAAAUAUUAACAAUUUUUUCCGAUCUACCAAUGGAAAGUAUAUUACCAAAGUUGCCAUCAUCUUUAACAGAAUUAAAGAUCUUUGAUAGUUACAUAGAAUAUGCUGGUAUCAAUGAAUCAUCAAUUCCUAUUGAUUUCAGUGAAAUAUUAAGCCCUGGUAUUGAAACCAUGAAAGUAAUGGGAGUGAACCUACAAUAUGAAGAAGGAAGUCUUUUGGAAUUUCCUAAACGGAUGAUAGAUUUCUACAUCAACACAGACCUGUUUUUUGUUCGCUUAGAUGAUAUUAUUUUUGAAAAUGCAAAGGACGAUUUAGAAUAUUUAGUCAUAAUAAUUCAAAAUUACUCUUAUACAUUUUCAAAAUUAGAUUUUAGUGAAUUUACAAAAUUGAGCACCGUUACAUUGGAAGGUUGUAAUAUUAACAACUUAUCUAGUUUCAAAAUUCCUCAGAGUUUAAAAAGUUUGAGAAUUAGGAACAAUUGUUUUAAAUCAAUAGAUGAAAAAUGUCCUUUUCUUUCUGAUUCAGUCAAAUAUCCUAAUUUAAAAAAGUUACACUUCGAAGAAUGUAAAACGAAGAAUAUUUCUUCAACUAUAAAGCUUCCAAUAAAUCUAACCUCAUUAACUAUUCCAUAUCACCGAAACAAAGAAUUGCUUUUAAACAUAUUUAAACAUGAAUCUUUAUUGCUUUUUGAAAUCGAUAGCAUGAGAAAACCAGACAUUUUUGAUGACUUUAAAGAAAUAAAUGGUGUCAAUACAUAUAAGACAAAUAUCAAAUAUUUAACGUUAAGUUCAGAACAUAAUAUUUUCAAAAAUAGUACUUUGAAAAAGAUCUAUAAGUCUGUUAAACUCGCAAUGGGGAAAGGUUAUCUGAGAGUAAAAGUUGGCACAUAUUACGAAUAUUAUGAACUUUGUUUCAAUUUUAAUUGA